ACAUACUAACCACGUGGUAGGAAUGUGUGAAGAGUAUAUAAGCUAAAAGCACAAGACUCUUGAAUCGUAGUCUUACAUGUAAUUUUAACGAGAGUGAUAGUUUAACAUGUUAUUCACGAUCUUUUCUUUCUAUUUAAUUCUUAUUGUGGUAAAUUCUUCAAAAUGUCCAGAAUUCAAAAGACCUCACAAUACAAAUUGUGCUAUGUUUUACAACUGUAUUAAUCUACCGAUUGAUGGUUUUGUAUGGGUCCCAUCAAAGUGCAGUGAUAAUUUGGUAUUUCAACCAUAUUUAAAAACAUGUGUCCUUCCCAGUGAUACUUGGUCAUGUGAUCAUUUAAAAAAUAAAUCAUUUUCUACAACAACAAACAAAAAUUCUAACUUUAUCCAGAUUAUUGAUCAUCAAAAUAGUACACGAACAAAUUCAAAAUUUCUUGUAAAUGCUCAUGCAUAUAAUGCAUAUAAUUCUAAUGAAACCUCCAAUUUGUCAAACAGAUCAUCUGUGGAUCUACAUCCAUCUAUUAAAAUUGAAGACACUAUUAUAUAUAAAAAAGAUAGUAAAUAUAAUAAUAAUCAUAACAUUAUAAAUCCAGUCACAGUCAAUCAAAAAGAAGAAAAUUAUGUAUAUGAGUACAUAAAUAAAAGAAAUCAAAUGGCAUUACCAUUUACAAGUGAAAGUAAAGAUCAGAUGGAAGAUCAUUAUGUCUGGAUAAAUCAAUUAAUUAAUCGUUUAAUAAUUUACAAAAAACUCCUGUUAUCUUUAGAUCAAUUAACAUUACCAUCAACUGAUUUCAUAAAACAUAAUGGACCUGUUGAACCAUCUGAAUCACCUAAAUACAGUAAAAAUGUUCCAAAUAUAUUACUGAAAUAUCUUAUCCAGCGAUAUAUGUUUCAAACUAAUUACCAUAAUGUUGUUGCAAGCACAACUAAAUUUCAAAAUUUCUCUGAUGAUAUAAACUCUUCUGUACAUAACAUUAUAGAAAAAUUUAAUAAAACUAGAGAGAAUAUUAUACAUAAAACAAAUAAUAAUGCAAACACUGAUAAUAGCAUAAUUAUGAUUAUUGAUGAUUUUGGAAAUAAAGAAUAUCUGACAGUAGAGAAAUAUAAAUCCAUGGCUUAUAAAAUAAAAUCAAAUUCUAUACAUUUUAUACCAUGCAUAAAGGAAAUACGUUUUGCAAAUAAAAGUGAUUGCAUCAAAUAUUACACAUGUGAACCAUUAGAAGCACAUGUAAAAGAAUUUACUUGUCCAGAUAAUACAGCUUUUAAUGAAUACACAAGAGUUUGUGAUACUUAUAAAUACAAAAUAUGUAAAGAACAUAAAUCUGUAUUCACUGAAUUACCUUUAAUAAAUAAUACGGAAAUCAAUAAUUCUUUAACUAACAAUGACAUAUCCAAAGAAAAAAUAUGUAAAGAAAUUGGAAAAACAGAAGAUCCUACUUCAGAUACAUAUUAUUAUAUAUGUUAUUUUCCAACAAAGAUAACGACAGAUAUUAAAGCAGUUCGUAUGAGAUGUCCAAAUAAUUUAAAAUUUUGUAAAUCAAAAAAUGUAUGCACUACAAAACAACUUUGUAUGAAUUAAAUAAAGAUAUAUGGUAAGUAGACUGUAAUAUAAUAAUAUCUUUAGAAAUGUAUCGUUAAAAAAUUUAUUUUUACUUACCUUGAGU